UUUAGUUGAGAAAGAACUAGCAAUGGCGAAGGGCGAAGUCGAUGCUCAGCAAGAGCUAGAGGAUGCAUUUGAAGCUAGAGAUUUGGAUGGAUUUAAACGUGCCAUCACACGUGGUGCUCAGCCCAACCUCAGCUCAAAAAGGGAUGAGGACAAUCAAAUGAGCAUCUUUGAGAAGGCCCUAUCAACAUCAGGUUUUGCUACAUUUAUAAAAGCGUGUUUCGAUGCUGGCUGCGAUCCCAAUUACGUUAAUCCGAAGCUUAAAAAAGCUGCCAUCCACUAUGUAAUCGAUUCAGGAAUCGGUUCAGCAAGCCAUUAUAAUGCGUCCAAUCUUUACGUGCUGGUGGAUCAACCCAACUACAAAGUAGAUGUUGAUCACAUGUACGAGGGGGAAACAGCAUUAAGUAGAUUAAUCAAAAGUCUGGAAGUAAAGAAUCCUCCUGGUCGCCUUAUCGCCAUUCGAUUGCUAUUGGGGAAAGGCGCUUCAACCAAUAUUGAUGACAAAUCUCUCAUGCAACAAGUGCUACUCAACGAAAAUAUCCCACAAGAGAACCGAACGGAAUUGAUCUCAGCGUUUGUACAGGCACCCCAACUCAGUCGUUCGGAUUAUUUCAAAGGAGUCGAUUUUCUUUUGAAAAGCGGUUAUCUCAACGGUGACAGUGACCAGCUCUACGUUUCCCUAUUGCCUGCUCUACUCGGGCAGCCUGCUUCGCCAAUGCUCGACACUCUGGCGCAAUACCAAAAGACCAUUGUAAACUGGGAUAACAAGAAAAUGUUGCGAGCUUUGCUUAUGGAGCACAUUACAAACCAUACUGAGAAUGCACUCGAAGCAGUGCUUGCCACCCUGGAAAAGAAUUUGCCUGAGGAAAAUGAGUAUAUUGUGGAAGUGGCUGUCAAAUAUGAUAGCUGGUCAACUGUUCUUCAAUUGCUUAAGAGCGUAUAUCUCAAGCUGGUGCGCAAGGGCACGCUUCUAAAAACUAUGAUUAGGCAGGUGCAAUUGAAACCGCUGGACAAUUACCUGCAGCGCAACGAAUACCAGGAAUGUUUGCUGCGAUGCGUUAAGGAUUGGCGGCAGUAUAUCAAUGACUUCGAUAAUGAGCACAAAACGCCUCUGCAUUAUGCGGUGCUCUGUCGGAAUGAGAUUGCCAUAAGAGUGCUCUUGAGGGAGGACGCCAGAUUAGGAGUGCGCAAUGACAAGAAUCGCUUGUUGAUCGAGGAUAUCGAUGCCAAGCUUCUGGAGGAGCAUUUCGAUUACUGCAUCACUGGGCGAGGCGAGAAGACCAGCCACGAUGGUUACGAAAUUAUAAUGAACUGUCUGAAUAUGACCAACGAGAACAACGAACUCGAUAUUGCUCCCAUUGCCUGCAUGGCCCGGUCGAAGGAGCUGUGUCCACUGUUGGAGCAUCCGUUGAUCACCUGCUUUCUGCAGCUGAAGUGGAGUCGACUCACCACCAUCUUCUUCACCCACUUUGUCAUCAAUAUCAUCUUAAGUUUGAUAUUGGGGAUCCAUAUUUGGUUGCGUUUCCCUAAACGUCAUAACAACGAGAUUCCUAUGUGGAUUGUUAAGAGUCUGUUCCAAGUGCUGAUCGGCUAUCUUCUUAUUGUGGAAGUCAUUUCUUUAGUGAUAGUCAAGCAUUGGUGGCGCAUUUUAAUAGAUUUUAUUCUGAUUUUUAUGCUCAUCCUCACAAACAUCGAGUGUGAAGAUGACAUCCAAAGGAUUAUUACCGCCUUCGCCAUCAUGCUGAUGUGCACCAAACUGAUUGAUCUUAUUAGUGCCCUACCUGUGCUUGCCAUAUCGACGCACAUGCUCAUGCUGCGCCAGGUGGCUAGUACUUUCGCAAAGAGCUUGUUGCAAUACUCCAUGCUGUUGUUCAGCUUCAGCUUAUGCUUCUAUGUCCUGUUUUCCAAACCGAAUUCUACGGAUUCUACAAAUUCUACGGAUUCAGCGAACUCAACAGAUAAUGAUUUCAGUCUCUCCUUUGCGAAACUCGAUUUAUCGCUUAUGAAGACAAUUUUUAUGUUCAAUGGUGAAUAUGAUAAUAUCGACGCUAAUGGAUACUUCAGUAGUUUUGUGGUGAUCAUAUUCAUUUUUAUGGUCAUGGUCCUGUCCAAUUUACUGGGCGGAUUGGCUGUCGGCGAUACGCAGACAAUUCGGGCUCAAGUGGAACUCAAUGCCGCCAUUUGUCGAACAAAUCUAUUGUACAGCUAUGAAGGACUCUUAGACGGGAAUUCACCUCGAUGUGAACGUUUGCUUCGCUUCUUUAAGAAACUGAUGAGAAUUCAAGCAGAAUCUACCUAUGGCUAUGUAUCCAUAUUUCCAAACCAAGACAAUCGGGUGAAGGUGUACAGUCAGAGGCAUAGAAGUCAGAGUAUUGAUUGUAUUGAACUUGAGAAUGAAGAAGAUAAUGUCCUCUUAAGUCAAGUAUUUAACGAUCAUGAAGAUAGUGCAAGCGAUUCCGAAUCUAAAAUGGAUAAGACGGAUGAUUUAAACCUCCAUUUCAAUAAACAAGUGGAUGCCAAAGAAGGAACUUUCUCCAAGCCUUGUGUAUCCAAUAAACGUCACUCUUACGAUAAUAUAACAAUUGAAAUUCAGACUGUUGCCCAAGCUCUUAAAAUUAUUAAAGAAAGAGAAACAAAAUAUUUCAAUGAACAACGACAGGAGGAUAUCAGGAUGCUGUUGAUAGAGAUAAAAAACCGGUUGGACUCAAUGAAUCCAGCCAAAUGAGUACACCACCACUUAACAACAAUUUAUAAUGGCAAGAAUAUAAAGAUUUAUUAAUUUGAACAUUUACUAUUAACCAAUAAAGAUUAUCUAUCUUCUUUCAUUAAAAAUUGCAACUUUAAAAAUCUCAUAUU